GUACUUGGCGUGAGAAAGAAAAGGAGAAACUUGAUGCUUGGCGUAAAAAGGAUGAUGAUAGAGAAGAACCUGAAGAACCUGAACCCAGAGACCGUGGAAACAAAGACAUCAGGACGGAAGAGCCACCUCCGCGUGACCGUGGCAAUAGAGAUAUCAGAGAGCAGCAGCCACGAGAGCCAGAAAGACGUGGAUUUGGAAGAGACAGAGAUGACCGCUUUGGAAGGGAUCGUGAGGACCGCGGAGGUUUUGGACGAGACCGAGAUGAACGUGGGUUCGGAAGAGACAGGGAAGAGCGUGGAGGUUUUGGAAGAGAUCGUGAGGAGCGUGGAGGCUUUGGAAGAGACCGUGAUGACAGGGACGGUGCAAGUGACUGGCGUCGUGGACCACCAAGGUCUGAUCGUGACUUCGGCCGUGGUGACCGAGACAGGGACUUUGGUAGGGGCGAUCGUGACAGAGACUUUGGACGAGGAGAUCGUGACAGGGACAGGGACUUUGGACGAGGAGAUCGUGACAGGGAAUUUGGAAGAGGAGACCGAGACAGAGACUUCGGACGUGGAGGUGACCGUGACUUUGGACGUGAGGACCGUUUCCGCAGGGGUGAAGACCGCGACAUGGGACGUGGUGACCGUGGAUUCAGUCGUCGCAUGGAUGAUGACAGGCGUGGACCCUCAAGAGCAGAUGAUGGAGGUUCUUGGCGAACAUCAGGACCUCCUCCUACCAGAGAUAGACGUGAUGACCGUGGUGGAGAACGGAUGGAAAGACGAGAUGAUAAACGUGGUGGUGGUGGUGGUGGAGGAGGCAACUCAUGGCGUGCACGUGAGGAAGCGCGCAAAGAAGAACCUCGUGAAGAGAAGUCACGCCCAUCUCGCGAAGAAGAUGAAGAUGGCUGGACUACUGUGAGGCGUUAGCUCAAAUGAAAUUGCAAUGUUGUCUUUGCAGAGGCUUCAUUGAGGGACUAUUCACUAUCUUGAUUAUUAGAUACUAUGUUUGAGAAUCCAAAAUUUAAAGUGAAAUUAAAAGAAAUAGGAAGAUAGAAGGUUUUUGUGAAAUUUUAUUAUUAGUUGUCAUUUUUGUUAUUUGGUGCUAUCAUGAACUAAAAGGAUCUGCUUUCAGAAAGAAUAAUCAAGAAUCAUAAUAUAUAGUAAAAGAAUAGAAAAAAUAAUCUGUAAUUGAAGCAGAUUUUUGUGUAGAUGCUUUUUAGUGUCUAAGCUGCCUAGUGUCUAAAUUUUAUCAGUAUAAGAAAGUGGAAGAAUGAUGCAAAGUUAGAUAACCAGUUUGCAGUUUUGCACAUAAUGAAAUGAUAGGAUUAAUCUUUACGCCAUGUUUCUUUCGUAGGAAUUCUCACCUUAUCCCAUACUAUUUAACAAAUUAUAUAAGAUUGUCAUUACUCUGAUAUGAGAAAGGCUGUUAUAUUAAUGGGCUAUACGUGCAGACUUUAGCUUUUAUAAAUGUCAAGAGCGUGUCUUGUACUUUUAAUCAAAUCUUCCUAAAGGAAGAAAUUAGCCCACAGUCCCACUUAGCUAUGUUUUCCACUAGAGUGAACUCUCUCAUUAUUGAUUUUUUAAUGUGGAUCUUGAUAACUUUGAGUAUCUUCAAUGGUCUGUAUUGCCACCACAUCAUUUAAAGGAUUAGGUAUGUAGUAAUUAAGCGCUGUUUCUUAACCAAGAAAAUAUCACCAGUGAUUGUUACUCGUUUAUGUUGAAUUGAAGGCUGAGUUGUAAUAUAUCAUGACUUGUUUUCCUUGGAUGAGAAGCUAUCUGCUUUGUAGUGGUCAAACUAUUAUCAAUAAAGGUAGUGGUCUCCUA